AUGAGUGACGCUCUUUGUGGACCAUCGAACGCUCUGCAGAAUUUCCAGAAGCAUGCCUCUGUUGACCGGACACUGCAGCAGGAUAGGCUGAUAUCGCGCCAAUCUCCUUCGCAUGGUUUCCGCUCUCAGAACCCCAGUGAGGGGAUACUGGACCCUGAGUUUGCUGCUUUCGAGUCAAGCAAUUCUGUAGGAGCUCCAUUACCCGAUGUUCAACAUGGAGGACAUUUUAUUGCUCCAGCACCACAAAUGCCCAUGUCUCACCCCGCGGAAGCUCCGAACUGGGCGGCGGAUUUCCAGAAUCUUCACAUCUCAGCAUCGUCGCAACCUAUACAUCAUCAGCCCGGACCAUCUGCAGCCCCCAUGUCAACAGCUCCACAGCAGACUUGGCAUGGUGAGUUCGUGAGGCAGCAUCAGCAGCAAACACCUGUACUGCAGCAGAACCAACCGUUUAGCCAAAGAUUUCAGCCAUCCUCCACGCCCAGCUAUGCCAUGAAUAGUUCGAGAAUAGGUAAUUAUGUUCCUGCCCAAGAAGCUGUAGCCAGCAAAACCUCGGCAGUCGACGCAUUUGAUGAAUCUGCUUUUGAAGCUGCAUUUGAGCAGGCCAAAGCGGAUAUGACAUCUCAGUUUGAAGCUUCAGCACUCGAGACAGACACUAGUAAGGUCAACUUGGAUAGCAAGAGUUCUCCCGAAGAGGUAUCAUUGCAGCCAACAGACCAGGAGACAAUACGAAUUGGGUCAGACACCAUCCCACAAGUCGACAGGGACGAUCCUCAGAUGGCAGCGAAUGAUGCAGACGAGCUUGCGCGGACCGCGGGACAUCUAUUGGAUAGUGUUAGUCAUGAGACGAAUCAGAAGUUCCGAGAAAGCAACUUCUUAGCAUUGAUGCGGCGCAUUCGGGACCGUGAGGUUCAGGUUGAAGGGGAUGAAUUUCGCGAAGUCAGUACCGGUCCGUGA